AUGAAGGGGAGCGAAAGGGAGGGGAUAAAAUGCGCAAAGAGGAAGUAUGAAGUUUCGCAGUGCCUGUCAAUUCAUCAGCGGAAAAACAAGAGAAUUGGGGGUAAUGAGCAGGAUCUGUGUGGGCCCAAGAGGGUGGGGGACCCGCUCUCCAAAUGGGCCAAGGAGGACCGAAGCAGCGGCGGCAGUGGAAACUGUGGGGGGAGGAACAACCAGGCGGGUAGAGAAAAAAAAAUUGCCCCCCCAUGUGGGAGCAACGUCAGUCACGAAGCGGGCCAAGUGAAUCAAGCGGGCCAAGUGUACCAAGUGGGCCAAGUGAGUCAAUCGGUCCAAGUUGACAAAGACGCUGGAAGAAACAAAAAAGAGGAGGCUCAGACGAACGAAUGGACAAAUGAAAAAAGUAUGCGUUACAACCAUACGCGCGACCCCCUAAUGGUGAAGCACGAGGAGAACUCCUUCUCCCCCUCCAUAUGUCUCAGUGAACGUAAAAGGCAUAAGCAGGACCAAGUGGGGAAAACAAGUGAUAUGCAUAAUAACGCGAGAUCGAAUGAAACGAUAGUGGAGAAUGAGGAAAAGAUGGCCUACUCGAAUAAAACCAUAGCGGACAGCUUCGACGACGUGGUCAGUUUAAGUCUGCGCGCUUCGAACGGGGCAACCUUCGAUGAUUCCGAGUUCAGCGGCGAUCAUUUCGGGGGAGACCACACCAUAUGGAACCACACCAAAUGGAACCACACCAAAUGGAACCACCUCAACGGGGACUACCACAACUUUCUCCGCAACCCUACGAUCCUUAUGAAACCGAACGAGCCCAACAGCCAUACGAACAGCUCGGGCCAUUCGAGCGACUACCCCAAUACAUUCGCGAGUUAUUACCAGCCGAAUGGCGUCCCCUAUGAAGGCAUCUACAAGGACAUCUAUAAAGGCAGCUACGCAGGCAGUUGUGAUCGACUGAACAACCGCUUCUCGCAUCUCUACUACAAGUGGCCCCCCCUGAGCAUCAAAAACCCCUUUGCCUUCAUCUAUAAAAGUGCCAAAUUUUUUGGCCAUGUUCAAGAGACAUGCAAAAAAAGGACCACUCGAGAAGCACAGCCACACACAACCACCACAAUAAACGUAUAUGCAAAGAGGAAAAAAAUAUACACAAAGGAGGAACACAUAGGAGAUGAAGCCAUACGCAAAUUGGCCGUCUCCAAGGAAGACCUUCUCUUCAAUUUUGAGAUGGAUAAUUUUAACUCCUCAGAAAAUAACUCACUACAGAUUUGGGAAGGCUCUACAAGCAAAGUCAAAGGCGCUUACCAAAGAUGUAGCUGGAGGGACAACAAAAUCAGCAGGGACUUCACCAAGCAGUUCGGAGUAACGCCCCCCCAAGAGAGGCUCCUGAAAAGGUUAAGCGGCGUGGAAGAAAUACACAGAUGCGACACAGAUGAGGAGGGAAUAAGGGAGGAGAGAAAAAAACCCAUUAUGAGCAUGGUACAAAGCGCGCCUGAGGAUGACGAACGAGUGAACCUCCGGAAGAGACACACAACCGAUGAAGAGGGAAAGGAAGAAAAACCCAUGAACAAACAUAAACGACUUAUCGACGUAGGAAAAAAAGACACGGAUAGAAACUUCGAUAUUUUCUUAUCCCUCUUCAUGAAGCACGAAAAAAAAGAAGCAUUCCUCUUUUGCCUAAUAUGCGACGAAGAGCUGACGGAAAAUUCUAUUUUUUUUCAAAAUUGCAUCAAGCCAAUGUUAGACGAAUAUAGAAGAUCCAAAUUUGAGAAAGUGAAGAAAGAAAAGAAUAGCUCCUCAGAUGUAUCCCUCAGCGACAUACAUAUAAACAAAAUAAUCCUAGAAAUUAUGAUCCCAUCUAUAAAGAAAAAGUACCUCAAGUAUGUGAGUGGGCUCUACGAGAAAAAGGAACCCACACUUAAUAACGACAUUAACGGAUCAGAUGAGCUACAAAAGGAGGUACUCGAAAUUAACCAGAAAAUGGAAAAUUUGAAUAUCAAAUCACUAGAUAAGCAUAGUACCGAAGUGUACAUAAAAGAAGCUAGCCGUUAUGAAAAAAAAAUAAAAUUAAUUGAAAAACCAAAAUGGAGCAAUGAACAUAAUUUAAAAAAACUCCUACUCAAACAACAAAAUUAUAACCCCUUUACAAUAUUUGGAACUAGCAUUAAGGAGGUACAUCUAGAAGAAGUUUUCACCCUCGACGUAUACAAUAAUUACGUAACCAAUGAAGACAGAUUUAGAAAUAAAAUUUUGUACGAUUUGUAUGUAGGAAAGUAUAUACAAAAUUUGUACCAUAGAAUUGAUUACCAGGAAUGGACCUUUGUUCUUGACUCUCUAAAAAAACAAUGGAAAUAUUUUACCAAUCUAGAAUGUAAUAUGUUUCUAGAUCCACUACUAUUGGAAGAAAUUUUAUGGUACAUUGAUGAGAACAAAAUGUAUAAGGACAAAAGUGAAGAAAUGUAUACUUAUGAAUAUUGCUUCUGUCCUACUCCCGAUCCUGCCAAGGAGAUGAAUUUGAAUGACGUAAAACACUUUGCCAAAUCAAUGGCGGAAAGGUACACGUUUCAACAGAAUGUAAAGUAUAAAAAGUUGUCCCUAAAUGAGGAACGUUUCUCCCCUCAUAAGACGCUUAUUUUAAAAUAUGACGAUGUUAGCGUGGACCAAGAUGUAUUAACUUAUGCAGGAAGGCAGAAGGAAAAACUGACAAAGGAAGCCCUCCUUUUUAAUGUACCUAGACCAUCCAGCACAUUCUACUACGACUCGGACUUCUUUGAAAAUAAAAUAAAAAAACACAUGUUCAGGAAGAAGGUGAAACACUGCAAGGGUAACUUGGACAUGAAUUCUCCAUCCGGGAAAGAGAAGGAACCCUUUACAAUAAAAUUUAAGUCCAAAAAAUGGACCUCUCAAAAUUUUUUCGACAACUUUUUUUCUAAUUAUUACCUGUACAAUUUUGACAGAAGUAAUCGGACGUACAACUCUAUAAUUUAG